CUCGCGUCGUGAACGGAGGUCGACCAUGAAGAAGGGAACGUGGCGACCGUCUUCUGCGGUGACCCCGGAGGGCACAGACAACGCCGGGUACGAGAGAGAGGAACAGAAUGAACAGAAUGAACAGAAACGCCCCGUACCCGAUUUCUCUGCGGUCACCUUGUCGUCGGAAAAGACGGACACCCGGCCCGCGCGCGAGCAGUGGUCCAACGGCCACGAGUUCCUCCUCUCCUGCAUCUCCAUGGCGGUCGGCGUCGGCAACGUGUGGCGCUUCCCCUUCGUGGCUCUGGACAACGGCGGCGGCGCGUUCCUCAUCCCGUAUAUCUUCGUGCUGGUGUUCAUCGGGAAGCCGCUCUACUACAUGGAGUUCUGCCUCGGCCAGUUCGCCUCCUACGGCUCGGUGAAGGUGUGGGAGAUCUCGCCGGCGUUUCGAGGCAUUGGCUACGGACAGGCCAUAUCAACCUGGGCCGUGUCUACCUUCUACGUGACUCUGAUGGCCCUCUGCGUCUUCUACUUCUUCGCCUCCUUCAAGUCGGUCCUGCCCUGGUCCCUCUGCGGCGUCUGGGCGGCCGAGGAGUGCGUGGAUUCUGCGAGGAACGUCACCUUCGGGAGGAACACGUCCUACGUCACGGCGGCGGAGGAGUACUUCGUCAAGGAGGUGCUGCAGACCGAUCCCCUGGGGCUCCAGAGCGGCCUGGGAGCUCCCGAGUGGCGCCUCUCCCUGUGCCUGCUCUUCUCGUGGCUCCUGCUCUUCGUGGUGCAGUGCAAGGGCGUGAAGAGCUCUGGCAAGGCCGCCUACUUCACCGCCCUGUUCCCUUACGUGGUCCUCUUCAUCAUGCUGGGGCGGGGCGUGACCUUACCCGGCGCUUCGAAGGGGAUCCUGUUCUUCAUCACGCCCCGCUGGGAAAAGCUCUUGGAGCCAGGGGUGUGGUACGCGGCGGUCGACCAGGCCUUCUUCAGCCUCUCCGUGGGCUUCGGCGUGAUCAUCAUGCUGGCCUCCUACAACGACUUCCGCCACAACGUCUACCGCGACGCCACCAUCAUCUCCUUCGCCGACACCUUCACGUCGCUCCUCGCUGGCUUCACCAUCUUCGCCAUCCUGGGCCACCUCGCGGAGCUCCUGGGGGUGGAGGUCCAGGACGUGGUCAAGGGCGGGGGGACGUCCCUGGCCUUCGUGAGCUACCCGGACGUCCUGGCGCGGUUCCAGUACGUCCCCCAGCUGUUCUCGGUGCUGUUCUUCCUCAUGCUGUUCACCCUGGGGGUAGGAAGCGCCGCCGCAUACAACGGUUGCGUCAUCACCGUCAUCUGCGACCAGUUCCCGCACGUGAAGCGGUGGCUGGUGACGUUGGGCGUGUGCGUGGUCGGAUUCUUCGUCGGGCUCCUGUACGUGACGCCUCAGGGCCAGCACAUCCUCACUCUCGUCAACCACUACGGAGGCGGCGUGUCCAUCAUCUUCCUCAUGAUCCUGGAGCUCGUGGCGGUCAUGUGGGUCUACGGCUUCUCCAACUUCAUCAGGGACAUCGAGUUCAUGUUGAAGAGGAAGACGGGACUCUACUGGAAAAUCUGCUGGAUCUUCUUCAACCCCAUUUUCCUCGGCGUGGUCUUCGUCUACAGUCAGAUCGUGGCCAAACCUCUUACGUACGGGGCCUACGUCUUCAGUUCCUUCGAGACGGGAAUGGGCCUGGCACUAGCGGCCUUUGCGUGCCUCAUGGUGCCAAUCUUCUUCGUCGUGGAACUGCUAAAGGCACGGCGCGGUGCCUCCUCCUGGUGGGACGCCGUCAAACAGACCUUCAAGCCUUCCGAAGAGUGGUGUCCCAGCGAUCCCGUGUUGCGGCAGGAGUACAGAAUAUUCAGGGCUUCCGAAACAGCGACCAUAGAGGGGAUCGACAACCCCGUAAUAGCCAAGUACCAAAUGCAAAUUAGAACGAGACAUAAGUAGAGUGAUGUGACGAUCUCGGUAGAUUUUAGGAGGGCGUGUUUGUCCAUUUCUAUUCUUUCCCUUUUUUGUCUUGUAUUUUUUUUCUCUGGUGCUCUCUCGUUCUUUAGCUCUCUGUCUGUCUGUCUAUCUGUCUGUAUCUGUGUCUGUGUCUCU